UAGUGUCAAUAAGAACAUAAAAGUGCUGAAAGCUUCUUCGCACAAAUCAUUUUUGAGAUGGAGAAAUCAACUUCUAGCUAUGAUUACUAUUUCUACACAGAUCCUCCUGAAGAUAACUGCUCAGCUGUGGAGUUGCCUUACAAACACAUUUUCCUGCCUGCUCUCUAUACCAUUGUAUUCCUGGUAGGGAUUGCUGGCAAUGCCCUUCUAAUAGGAGCACUAAUCUUCAAACGGCGGGUUCAGAGGCUAAUUGAUAUCUUCAUUGUCAACUUGGCAGUGUCUGAUUUUAUAUUCCUUGUCACAUUACCCUUUUGGGUAGACAAAGAGAGGACCUCAGGACUUUGGAGAUCUGGCUCUUUUCUCUGCAAAGGCAGCUCCUACACCAUCUCAGUCAACAUGUACUGCACUAUCUUUCUCCUCACUUGCAUGAGUAGCGAUCGGUACCUGGCAAUCAUGUACCCAUCAGUGGCUAGGAGGAUCAGAACAAAGCUGUAUUCCAUCAUCCUUUGCACUUGUGUCUGGAUUCUGUCCUGCCUACUUGGGUUGCCUACCCUUCUGUCCAGAGAGCUGAGGAGAUAUGACAACAGCACAUAUUGUGUGGACAAGGAAAUUAUAUCUACUCACCAGAUUGGGUCGCUGCUGCUUCUGAUUUUGGCAUUCUUUGUUCCUCUGUUCAUCAUCUUGACUUUUUAUUGCUCCAUCACCAAGAAACUCUGUGUGCAUUAUCAGAAAUCUGGAAAACAUGAUAAAAAGCUGAAGAAAUCCAUCAAAAUUGUCUUCACUGUAGUGAUCAUUUUUGUUUUGUCUUGGGCUCCUUUCAACAUUUUUAAGUUUCUAGCUCUGAUGUCUGCAAUCCAGGAACUGAAGCCACCUUUCUGCCUUCCCUACAAAGUUGCCCAUAUCGGUAUGGAACUGAGUGGCCCAUUUGCGUUUGCCAACAGCUGCACAAACCCUUUCAUCUACUACUUCUUUGAUGACUACAUCCGUAGGGCAAUGAUGCAAUGUAUAACUCCGUGCACAAAGGCCAACAACUUUGGAACCAGUUCUGAUAGCUCAGACACUCGCCUUAGCUACUCCUUGUCUGCGUUUGCCCACAGAGAAGAUGUUUCUAGGAAGAGAAGGAGGUCAGUAUCAUUCUGACAAGAGUCAUAAUUCUGAAAGUUCCAGUGUCUCCAUGUCAAGAGUAAGAUCA